AUGUUUUCUCGUACCUACGGUAAAAAACAAGCACACAGUCCUGCAGAUGAAGAAGAGGAGGAUGGAGCCCAUGCAGCAGCAGAAGAGGAAGCUCUUGAUACAGAGGACAAGGAAGAGGAAGCGGAAGGAGCUCCCGCUGAAGACCCUGCAGUGGAGGAGAAGAUGGAGGAGCAAGCUCCUGCAGAGGAAGAAGAAGCUCCUGGAGCAGCAGAAGAGGAAGCUCUUGCCUCUCAGGAGAAAGAAGAAGGAGCUGAAGAUAAAGAAGAAGAGGAUGCUCCAACAAAUGAAGAAACAGCUCCUCCCGCUGAAGAACAGCAAGUUCCUGAAGAGGAGGAGAAAGAAGAGGGAGCAGAAGUAGGAGGUUCUGCAGAAGAACAUCAUGCCCCUGGAGUGGAGGAGAAGACGAUGGAGGAGCAAUCUGCUGCAGUGGAGGAGAAAGAGGAGGGAGCUGAUGGUGAAGAAGAGAUCAUCAAAUAUCCUCUGGUGGUGGAGAGGCCGACCCUCCGAAAACAGUUCAGGAAGGCCAUCAUGAAGAGGCUCCGGAGAGUUUGGCAUUCCACCCAAAGACUCGCCGCCUGCUGCUGCUGCUGCCGCCGACCCAACACCAUGGCCUGAAUCCUAAAUGAUCCAGAGUGUAAAACCGACUGCCGUUUCUAGGAGUCAGGAAGGAAUUUUUACCUACAGUGCAGAUUGGUUCCCAUAGUACUCUAGGGUUUUUCGCCUUCCUCUGGAUCAUUGGUCGUUAGGGAUGCCCAAAUAUAAAUUAGCUGUUAAUUUUAAUAAAUCCUGUGCUCUCCGACA